AUGGUAGCUGAAGCCGUACGACAGGUCUCAUACAUACAGGCGAUCAACGAGGCCAUUCGGCAAGAGAUGGAGCGCGACGAGAACGUCAUCGUCAUGGGCGAGGAUAUCGCCGGUGGCGGAGACAGGGAGGACAAGCAGGACGCCUGGGGCGGCCCGAUGAGGCUGACCAAGGGACUGGUCGGCCAGUUCGGCCGCGGCAGGGUGAGAGAUACACCCAUCUCGGAGGCCGGGUUCGUCGGUGCGGGAGUGGGCGCUGCGGCCUCGGGGCUGCGGCCCGUCGUCGAUCUGAUGUACGUUGGAUUCUACGGCGUAUGCGCCGAUCAGAUCACCAACAACGCGGCCAAGAUCCACUACAUGUUCGGCGGCAAGGUGACCAUACCGCUGACGAUCAUGACAGGCACUGGGGCAGGCACCAAUUCUGCCGCCCAGCACUCGGAGACGCUCUACUCGAUCUUCACGCACUUCCCCGGCCUGAAGUGCGUCGCACCGUCAGACCCCUAUACAGCCAAGGGCCUGAUGACCGCCGCUAUCCGAGACAACGACCCUGUGAUCGUCUUCAACAACCGCCAGCUUAUGGGAAUUCGGUUCGACGUCGACGUGCCGGAGGAGAUCGCAGCGGCGGCGCUGGAGGAGCAGGGCUACUCGGUAGAGGUCCUCGACCUCCUGUCGCUGUCGCCGAUGGACGACGAGACGAUAUCGAGUCGGUCAAGAAGACCGCAAGGUCGUGAUGUCGACGAGGACUAUCCGCGGUGCUCGAUCGCGUCGGACAUCUCCGCGCUCGUUGCUGAGGAGGCGUUCGAUUACCUCGACGCUCCGCCGAAGCGACUGAACGCGCCGCACGCGCCGGUGCCAUACAGUCGUCCGCUGGAGGCUCUCUUCGUGCCUACGGCUGAGAUGACUGUCGAAGCAGCGCUCAGCGUACUCGAGUAG